CGACUGACUUCAGCGAAUAAUGGAGUCAUUCUCUGGCUGGACCGACGUCGACGUAGAUACCUUUUACCCUUUACCCGAGGCAGAACAAUUUGCUGUUUAAAAAGCUCCCCCCUCCAUCCCUCCUGCAUUGUUUCCAGGUUCGCUGUUACUGUACUACAUCUACUUUUCCAUCCACUGAGAUAGCUUCUAUUACUACCUAUCCAUAUCAUCCUUUUACUGAGAUUAUCGAUUGAACAAAGAGCAAUUCUUAAAUCAACAUCAUCAUCAUCAUGUCUUUCCUCACCACCGUCCGCACAACCCUUGCCCCUCGUCUGGCCACCCCCCUCCGCCCCGCCAUGACCUCCGCUCUGCACACCUCCGCCCCCCGCGCUGGCCUCAACGAGAGCGAUCGCAACCGCGACGACCUCGACAAGAUCUACGAAGAGCACAAGAACGACCAACUCAAGCACAGCAAGCAGGGCACCGCCAAGUGGAAGCAGGAGCUGGCCAGUAACAGUGAAGCGUCGGUCAAGGCUGAUCGGGGUGACAUCGACAGCGAUGACAAGGACUUUGCAACGCUGCAGGAGCGCACGAAAGGUCUGCCUAACCGGGAGGGGAACGUGAAUAAGACUCAAUAG